UUUUCUGAUAGCGCUUUUAUAAAAAAGUAUAAUCUUAUUAUUUUCUAUAUAUGAAAACAUCAAAUUAUGAACUUAAAAAAGCAAUAUCGACAUUUUACAGGGUUCUAAAGUCUUGCAAAUCUAUGAACAGGCUUUUAAUGACGGGUACGCCGUUGCAGAAUAACUUGGCCGAGUUGUGGUCAUUGUUAAAUUUUCUACUACCAGAAAUAUUUAACGAUCUUGCCAUCUUUGAGUCAUGGUUCGACGCAAAACAUUUUGAAGGCGAUGAGGGAACAACAAAGUUUUUGAAAUUGGAAGCAGAUAAACAAGUAUUAUCAUCGUUGCGUGAAAUAUUGCAACCAUUUAUGUUGAGACGCGAAAAAGUCGAUGUUUGCCUGGAUGUGCCACCAAAGAAAGAAUUAAUACUUUAUGCUCCUCUAACGGAGUUGCAACAUGAAUUGUACAAGGCAGUAAUGACUCGAGAUAUAGACAAGUUGACUAUGGUAGAAGAUGAAGGUCCAAUCAUUACAUCAGAUGGUCGGAGACCGCAACGCAAAUGUGUAUUAAAGAGAAGUGUCGAUAGUAUGAUGGAAUUAGCAGCUGCCAGUGCUUCACAAUAUGAAGAUGAUGAAACCAUGGACAAUGUUGAGUGGAAACAAGAAAAAUCUAAAAGUGAACAGAAUUUACUAAAAUGGAAUUACUAUACUGAUGUUACGGAGCGUAACAGAGACUAUUUCAUUAAUAUUCAAACUAGCAAUUGGGCUUUAUAUAAGAAGAUUGUAAAUCAUCCGUAUUUGAUACAUUUUCCACUGGGGCCGGACGGUUUACCAAAAAUAGAUGAAGAUUUCAUUAAAGUAUCCGGCAAAUUUUUAGUAUUAGAUGCCAUGCUUCCGAAACUCAAAGAACAAGGACACAAAGUUUUAUUAUUUUCCACCUGGACACAAGUAUUGGAUAUGAUAGAGGAAUAUCUUUUGCUGCGUAACUAUAAAUAUGUCAGGCUCGAUGGUACAACUAAACUGGAAAUACGAAAAGAAAACAUAGAACAAUUCAAUAUGGACCCCGAAACGUUUUUGUUCAUCAUUUCUACUAGAUCAGGCGGUGUUGGAUUGAAUCUCACGAGUGCAGACACCGUUAUUAUAUACGAUCCCGAUUGGAAUCCGCAAAUGGAUAUACAGGCCAUGGCACGUUGUCACAGAAUAGGUCAGACACGGCCAGUGGUGAUAUAUAAGUUAUGUACCAAAGGAACGCUUGAUGAAGCAAUUUACAACCGCGCGGACGCUAAACGUGUCUUGGAGAAAGUAGUAAUCUCCAAGAAUUUUAAUACUAUGAGCUUACAUAAUAAAUUAGAUUUACUGGAGCUACAGAAUCUUUUAGAAUCAGGGGAAAAUCAAGUGAUUGCCUCCGAAAAUGAAGUAUUUACAGAAGACGAACUCGAUAAACUAUUGGAUAGAAGUGACAUGUUUAUAAAUCAAGAGUCGUAAAUAUCGUAAAGGGCCAUAUUGUCUAUUGUGAUGUUUUUAGGAUAAUAAUGUCGUAAAGUAUUAAUAACAAAUUACAUACUCUAAGUUAAUUUAUUAAUUACUAAUUUAUUAUUAUUAUUUUAUUAAUUUAAAACGACCAUUUUGUUUAUCGUAUA